GCUACAAAAUGAAUUCUGGAUUCCUUUCCAUCGUUAUUGCUUUGUUCAUCUCUUCAACAGGGGCUGAAGAUGUGGUGUAUGGUCAGGUGGGAGGGACGGUCACACUCCCCAGAUUGAAGUGGGGUUCAGAUAAGGUGACGGUACAAUGGUACUUUGGGAUGGACCAAAAAUCUUUGAUAUUCCGCAAUACCCAGGGUCGAGAGAUAAUAGAUCCAGAGUGGAAAGACAGGCUGUCUCUGUCCAAGACUGACUUCUCCCUGAUCAUCAACAAAAUCAGACUGGAGGACUUCAAAUCCUUCAAAUGUGAACUGAAAGAUUUCAGCCCAAAACAAAUUACCUUAAUCACCACAUUCAGACUGUCCCGUGUGAGUGUACAGCCAGUCUCUCCCCUGUUGGCUGGGAAGAAUCUUAAUCUGAAGUGUGACAUAAAGGAAAUAAUUGAGGGGACACAGAGAAGAUGGCUUAGUCCCCAGAAACAGGACCUGAACAAGGACAAGCGUGCCCAGAUUGGAAAUAACGGGGGCCUGACCGUAAUGAAUGUCACAGGCCAAGACAAUGGAGAGUGGACCUGUGUGGUGACAUACCAGGGCAGGGAAGCCUAUGCCAACACCCCUGUUACUGUAAUAGACCUCUCCCCUGCUCAUCCACAGCCUAUCUACACCUCCGUCUCCUCCCUCUCUCUUCUCCAUCUGCCAUGUUUCUUUUCCAUUCCGCUUCCUCUAUCCUGGUCAGACAGCCAGGAGAAGGGCAUCCAGGGAGGCCGCUGGACCUUUACCCCAAGCCCAGCGGCAGGCUCCCUCACUGGGGUCGUCCAGACCCUCGUCAACCUCUCCCCGGGGCCUCCAUUAGCCUGGGUGGCCAAUCAGAAGAGAGGGCUGGAUGUCUCAGCCCUGCAGAGGAAAAAUCUAAACCUCUCCCUGUCAAAGAAAGGGGUGACGGAGGGGGACAGGGGCGACUACACCUGCGCUGUGGAGUUCCAGAGGGGGGACACCCUGAAGAGAGAAAUGCGUGUGGAGGUGCUACAGGUGUUUACCUCUCCAGGUCCAGUGGCCUUUUUAGGUCAGGAGGUCAACCUCACCUGUACCCUGGGCCAGCCUCUGACCUCUGACCUGGAAGUGAAAUGGAUCCCACCACAUCACUCCUCCCUCCUCCCUUUAGACUCCUCCCCCCACCCCACCCUUCUCACCAUCCCCGAAGCGACGUAUGGAAAUGGUGGGAGGUGGAGGUGUGAAUUGUGGAGGAACAAAACCAAGCUGACGUCAGUGGAGAUUACUCUGAAGAUAGAGCGAGUCCCCAUGGACGUGUGGCUGUUGGUCACCAUCUGUGCCGCAGCCGUCAUCUUCAUCCUCCUCCUCAUCCUCACUGUCAUCCUCAUCCGACGCCACAGACAGCGGGUGAUGAUGCCCAGACGUGGCAAACGCAGAUUCUGCAACUGCCAAGACCCCAAACCAAAAGGAUUCUACAGAAACUAGAGAUAUUGUACAGACCGGAAUCCCUGUCAAUGGACAAUGUGUCUACUGUUUUGUCUUAGCUAUUCUAUUCUGACACAAAGAAACACCAAAAUGACAAAAGAAGCAAGAAAGAAGAUUUUUUCAUGUGAUGUUUGAUCAUUGAUUUCACAAGUGUAUAUUGUCAUGCUUUAUGACCUAUGAUUGAGCUACAAUUGAACAAAUACUGUAUAUAAAUAUGUAUAGCUACUGUCACUUUUGUAUUACUGUACACUGUAUUACUGUUCCAUGACAUAGACUGUCCAGGUUAAUCCAGGUGAAAGCUAUGUCACUUGUUAAAUUCACCAUGGGUUGUGUGCAUGUGCCAUUCAGAUGCUGAAUGGGCAAGACACAAAAUGUAAGUGUCUUUGAACGGGGUACUUGUAGUAGGUGCCAGGCGCACCGGUUUGUGUCAAGAACUGCAACACUCUUGGGGUUUUCACAGUCAACAGUUUCCUGUGUGUAUCGCAGUGGAGGCUCCUCAGAGGAGGAAGGGGGGGACCAUCCUCCUGAGUGAAUGUCCUAAAAAUUAAAAUAGUGAAACAUAAUUUUUAAUUUUAAAAAUGCAACUCAAUACUAGGAAGGCGUUCCAAAUUUUUGGUAUACUCAGUGGAUAUUGCAUAGGACUGUUUUAGAGUCCAUUAUUUACUGAAUAUUUUAUUAAGAGAAUGGAAAACCGUCUUAAUACUAUAGUUUCUCACGGUUUCAGGUGGUGUGAGCAGACCGCUGCGUGAUCAGGCUUGUUCCAAAGUUUUGUUGAAUUGUUUGAAUUAGUAACAGAGAAAAUACAGGGGUUAUUGUUGUUGUGUUAUAGGACUGUCGAAUAAAAUGUUUGAUUUCAUUGAAAUGAUUGAAUUAAACAAGCAGUGACUGAGGGGUGACUGAUUGGCAGCUUUAUUGAAAUACCUUCAGUGGUGGGUGGACACCAACACAAGUAGAUACCAACGGUCACUUCUUCAUCUGUUUUGACUGAUUACAUUACCGUGACUGGGAUUCAAUCCAAUGCACGUUAGGGAAAUGCACAUUGCGUUUGACUUUAAAAGGGAAUUUACACUUGAUUACCACCGCGUUUACACGGAAUUUGAAUUCCUAAAACAUGGGGAAAAUCGCAUUUAAAAUGCACAUUGUCAGCAGUGCAACCCUACAA